AUGGAGGCCAUUGGAAAAAUGAUUGCACAGUCCAUUUCCCAAUGUGGAAUUGAUAUAACUAGGCUAUCCCCAGUGUGCUACUGGUACAUUGUAUAUGGUGAUAUCAGUAAGGCAAUUUCAUUUGCAGAAUUGUCUGAUGUGCAUGAUCCAGACGUUGCAGCAUGUCUACAGAAGGUGAAUAUAGAAAAAUUUGUUCCAUAUAUGGAAAAUAUCUCGAUCUAAAUUAUUGCUUCUUGCCAAAUUUAGGCUUAUUUUUUAUUAGGGUUUUGUUGUUUGGUAAUGUAUAAACUGGUAAAUUGGCUUCAAUAAACUGAUUUUACUUUCUGAACCAUUAAAUUUCUUCUAUUGUUAAAGGUUGUCAAGGCAAGUUCAAAGUUGGAUGUGGAUGAACUAAAUGGGGAUAGUACCUUCAUUAACAUACUUUCAGAUAUUGGAAGCACUUCAAUUUUAUCUGUAAGCACAGUCUGGCUACCUACUACCUAG